AUGAAAAGCUUUAAACGGAGUAUAUAUCGUUACCACCACGUUCAAAUUGCAUAUGGUGGAUCAAAUAUUAUCAUGAAACUAGCCCUUCAGAAAGGACUCAAUCCGAUUGUUUUUGUGGUUUAUCGCCACUUAAUAGCUAUUCUUGUUUUAAGCCCUUUUGCAUAUAUUUUUGAAAGGAAAUCACGACCAUCUCUGUCAUUUCGUAUGGCAAUGAAGAUAUUCUUGCUUUCAUCCAUGGGGACGACAGUCCAUCUAAAUCUCUACUAUAUCGGUCUUGAAUAUACUUCCCCGACGGUUGCAAGCGCCUUGAGUAAUGUCAUUCCCAGUCUGACCACUCUCAUAGCUAUUGUUCUUGGGAUGGAAAUAGUGAAACUUGGCAGUAAUAGAGGUAAAGCUAAGCUAUUUGGAAUACUGGCUUGCAUUGGCGGAUCACUUAUUUUUACCUUUUGGAAAGGAGAGCGCUUAUUCACAAGUUUUAAGCAGAAGCCCUUAAUCCAGCUGUAUGAUACUGAAGGGGAGUCAAGGAAUCAUAAGGAAAAUUGGGUCAAGGGUGCACUCCUUAUACUAAUUAGCGAUGUAGCUUUGAGUGCAUGGCUCAUUCUCCAGGCAACGGUUUACAAGAUCUAUCCUGCGCUGUUCUCAUUAAAUGUUUUGAUUUGUAUUUUUGCCUCUCUACAAUCAUCAAUCUUGGCCAUGUUUUGGGCAAGAAAUCCACACCUAUGGAAGCUAGAUUGGAAUGUCCAGCUUUUGGCCAUUGUAUAUUGUGGAGUUGUGAUAUCAGCAUUGGUAUACUGGCUGCAAACAUGGUGUAUCAGUAAAAAGGGGCCAGUCUUUGCAGCAAUGUUUUGCCCCUUACUCCUUGUUAUUGUGGGGAUCUUUUCAGCAAUUGUUUUUGCAGAGAGACUUUAUUUGGGAAGCUUGAUAGGAGCACUUCUUAUCGUGUUUGGACUAUAUUGUGUACUCUGGGGGAAGAAGACAGACACUGAAAUGCCAAGCACCAGUAGAAGAGGCUAUGAUGAUGAUAAAGUCUUAGACAUUCCAGUGGAUAACUCUACCAUGAUGGCUCCCAUAAAAAAAUGA